AUGUCGACAACCACCAAGGAGCAAGACGUCACCAAGGAUCCCAGCAAGGACCCCAUGUGGUUCAUGAUCAAUGCAAUCAUGCACACGGAGGCCGGCAAGCUCGACAAGAUCGACUGGGACGCCUUCAGCAAGAAAAUGGACAUAAAGACAAAGGGAGCCGCUUUGCAGUUUUCCAAGCUCACUUGGCCCAGCAUGAAGCGAUAUGAGCGCCUUCUGGCCUCAUACGGGCUGACAACCUCCUACGUCCCCAAGCCGGGUGCCCAAGCUCCAGGACCUGCCCAGGGCGAGAAUGCUGCUGCGGGCCCAAGUACCCCAGCACGAAAGCGCAAGGCCCCGAAACGGAAGCGUGCUGACGUCGACAAGGACAACGGAGCCGAUGAAGGCAAGGAUGACAAGGAGGUCCCCGCGUCCCUCGAGGACGAAGUCGGCAUCUAA